CCGCUGCGGUCAGGCUAGCCAAUCGCGCGUCUCUCCUCCGCCGGGGCCCCGCCUCCGGGGCGAGGUCCUUCUCCUGAGGCCGCUACGUUGGCUGUGGGUGUGUUGUUCUGCUGCUGAGGGCAUGGCUGAUGAAGAAGGAAAUCGGGAGUUUGCUCCCAAGAUGGAGGGCCCAUCAGAUUCAGCAUCCACCAAGAUGGAGAGCUCAUCAGAUUCAGCAUCCACCAAGAUGGAGAGCACAUCAGAUUUAGCAUCCACCAAGAUGGAGAGCUCAUCAGAUUCAGCAUCCAUCAAGAAGGAGAGCGCAUCAGAUUCAGCAUCCAUCAAGAAGGAGAGCGCAUCAGAUUCAGCAUCCAUCAAGAUGGAGAGCUCAUCAGAUUCAGUAUCCACCAAGAUGGAGAGCACAUCAGAUUCAGCAUCCAUCAAGAAGGAGAGCGCAUCAGAUUCAGCAUCCAUCAAGAAGGAGAGCGCAUCAGAUUCAGCAUCCAUCAAGAAGGAGAGCGCAUCAGAUUCAGCAUCCAUCAAGAAGGAGAGCGCAUCAGAUUCAGCAUCCAUCAAGAAGGGGAGCGCAUCAGAUUCAGCAUCCAUCAAGAUGGAGAGCGCAUCAGAUUCAGCAUCCAUCAAGAAGGAGAGUGCAUCAGAUUCAGCAUCCAUUAAGAAGGAGAGUGCAUCAGAUUCAGCAUCCACCAAGAUGGAGAGCUCAUCAGAUUCAGCAUCCAUCAAGAAGGAGAGCUCAUCAGAUUCAGCAUCCAUCAAGAAGGAGAGCUCAUCAGAUUCAGCAUCUAUCAAGAUGGAGAUUGCAUCAGAUUCAGCAUCCAUCAAGAUGGAGAGUGCAUCAGAUUCAGCAUCCAUCAAGAAGGAGAGUGCAUCAGAUUCAGCAUCCAUCAAGAAGGAGAGCACAUCAGAUUCAGCAUCCAUCAAGAAGGAGAGCUCAUCAGAUUCAGUAUCCAUUAAGAUGGAGACUGCAUCAGAUUCAGCAUCCAUCAAGAAGGAGAGCACAUCAGAUUCAGCAUCAGCUUUACCUGACACUCCUGAGAUGAGUGAGAAUCCACCAUCACUCAAAACAAAUAGUUCAGGAAAACAACCUAUGAGUGGAACACUUAAAGAAAGAUUAAAGAAAACAAGAUCUUCAUCUCAUCCUUUUUGUAGUGUGGUGAAGCGACUUAAAGUAGAGAAUGAAGAAAAUGAUGAGAUUUUUUCAGAACCAGGAGCAUCUUCAAAAGAGGAAAGCUGUUCAAAGUUCCAAGAGAGUUUGAAACACAUAGACAAUGAAUCUGAAAAAGAUAGCUCGGAGAAUAUAAAUACAUGCAAAUCUAAGUCACUUGAUACGGGGUCAUCCAGUGCCCUCCAAAGUGAGUCUGUGAAUGAGAAUACUAAAGAAAGAUUGAAGGAAGAAAAAGCAAAAUUGGCAAAGCAGGUUCAAGAGAAGGAAGACCUUCUUCGGAGGUUAAAACUUGUCAAAAUGUAUAGAAUAAAGAAUAACCUGUCUGAGUUGGAGAUGUUAAUAAAGAAGUGGAGGAAGUGCAGCCAGCAGCUGCUCUAUGAGCUGCAGUCAGUUAUGUCUGAGGAUGAUGAGAAACUCAGCCUCACCGAGUUGAUCGACUACUAUGGGGUAGAUGAAACAGUCGUGCACUAUAAUAGAAGUGAAGAAGAAUUUACAGGGGUUUGAUAAGUUUUGUUGUUGUUGUUGAGCUUUAUUUUCUCUCCUUUUGGGGUGAUGGGAUCAUGCCCAGGGCCUCAAAUGUCCUCUUUUCCUGAGCUGUACUCUUGGCCCCUCUAUGGAAUAUCUUUGAGAAUGACAUUGUGAAAAGAUAAGUGUUUUAAAGGGAAGAAAUACGUAAGCUGUUGUUGUAGUUUAGAGAACAGUAUCUUGAACAGUUUAGGUUAUUCUGGUACAUACACAAAAUUAUAAAGUGAAGCUUAGUAUUUUGGAUAUGUUUGCUAAAGAAAAUAUUUAAGUAUUAAAAAAUUAAAUGAUGUUUAAAAGGAAGUUUGGAUAAUUCUGAAAACCAGGUUUAAUACAUUGAUUUUGUGGCAAAAGGUUUUAUAUUCAGUGUUAAAAAGUAGUCUAUUGAAUGUCUAAACCUCACUUGGCCUAAUUGUAACCUGCCCCUCCUGAGUUUAUGAACCUUGUCUUCAUCUGCUUACUAUAUCUUUCCGUCUACUAAUCUAGCAAGUAAUUAAACAUGUAUGUCCACAA